AUGGAGAAAUUGAUUUAUUUGGCCAUCUUAACAGUUUCGUCAAUGUGUGUGGUUGGUGCCAGCUGCCCAGCUGUGUGUGAGUGCCCCGCGGAGCCACGUGCGUGCCCGCCUGGCGUGAGUUUGGUGCCCGACGGCUGUGGGUGCUGUAAGGUGUGUGCGGCCCAGCUUAACGAGGACUGCGGUGUGGCCCUGCCCUGUGACCACCACAAAGGCCUGGAGUGUAACCAUGGCAAUGACGUGACACUAACCACAGGUGUCUGCCGAGCCAAACUGGAGGGUCGCAGCUGCGAGUAUAAUGGCAGAAUCUUCCAGAACGGCGAGAGCUUUCACGUGGGCUGUAAGCAUCAGUGCACUUGUAUUGAUGGCGCAGUGGGUUGCGCCCCUCUCUGUACCACCCAGCUACCCCUGGCAUCCCCGUCGUGCCCCUAUCCAAGGCUGGUCCGCAUACCCGGGCAGUGCUGCUUCAGCGUAGACUGCCACAAGGGGGCGAUAGGGCCGCCCGAAGUCAGGCCAAAGCGUCCGCACGCUCACUCGCGUCAACACAAGCCCGACAGCAGCAGACUGACAAAUGAGGUGGAAGGGAGGGGCAAGGGCUGGGAGAGUGAACAUGACAACAAACAUCUGUCUGAGUGGAGCCACUUGAAGGAGAAAUGUGUGAUCCAGACCACAGACUGGUCACAGUGCUCGCGUAGCUGUGGAAUGGGCGUGUCGUCUCGUAUCACCAACGACAAUGCGCAGUGCAAGCUGGUGAAGGAGACACGACUGUGUAACAUCAGACCCUGCACCUCACUGGCCCCUUCCCCCAAGAAAGGAAAGAAAUGCACGCGUACACAGAAGGCCCCGGAACCUGUGCGCCUGAGUUUUGCUGGUUGCCAUAGUGUUCGGCCAUACCGUCCUAACUACUGCGGGGUGUGUGUGGACGGGCGCUGUUGUUCUCCGCGCACCAGCCGUACCGUCACCGUGUCUUUUCGGUGCCCUGGCGGCGGGCACAUAGAGCGGGACGUCAUGUUCGUGCAGUCCUGCAAGUGCAGCCGUGACUGCGGGCACCUCAACGACAUCGCCAUGCCACCCCAGAGAUGGCUGUACGGGGACACGCACAAGUUUAUUGAUUAA